ACGUGUCUCGCAUUCACAGGUCCGUACGCCGAGCUCGAUCGUUGCCCUCGAUGUGGAGAAGAUCGAUGGGAUGCCAAAAAAAGCUCACCUCACAAGAAGGUAGCUAGGAAGACGUAUGACACAUUUCCUGUUGGACCGCAGCUCCAGGCCCUAUGGCGCCAUCCAGACCAGGCAGAGAAGAUGCGAUGGCGCCAGGAGUACACCAACAAGAUCAUCGACGAAUUGAAGACAACCGACGGCAUUCCGGAGGUAUAUGAAGAUGUUCUCCAUGGGAAGCAAUAUCUGGACGCGUGCCAAUCUGGCAAAAUUAAAGAUGGUGAUGCAGUUCUUAUGUUCUCGAUCGACGGAGCACAGCUCUAUGAAUCCAAACAAUCCGACUGUUGGAUAUAUAUAUGGGUAAUCUUCGAUCAUGCGCCAGACGACCGGUAC